UUCUUGUUAUUGCUCUUGGGAGUGUUGGCAAAAUACUGUCAACGGAGAAUUGGUAGACGGGCGUUAUCGGAUACGGGAAUAGUUACAAUUAACGCUCAGCGUGUUCUCUGGCGAAAGUAAGCCCGAUGGUUAGCAUUUGCAAAUACAGUACUUUGAUAUUUGCCGGUAACGUUACAGUCCUGCUUAUUGUGUCCAUGUCUACGGAUUACUGGGAAUACCGUGGCUUUGACAUGGACAAUCUGAACAAGACCCUGAGGCGGUCCAAUACAACGACUGUGAUAAUACCCAAAGAUACGAGGUCCUAUAUACAAAUUCACCAUGUAAGAACUAAACGGACAAACAACCCAGCUGAGGCUUACCCUUUCAAUGUGACUAUGUACCAGCCGCCAAUAUUAGUUCAUAAAUACUACUCACAUAAUAUCUCCCAGGUGCCUCCAGAUACUUUAGAUAAUUCAAGCUGGGCUGCAGAGACAACCAUAAUUCUCUUCGUUCAAUAUGGAAACCUGUUUCGAGACUGUGAUAAUCUUGAAGAAGGUGUGAGACAAAGACUUGGGCUUCUCCACUUAAACCCAUGGAGAUGUUACAGCUUUUUGACCUUGACACGGCGUGAUGACGUCGUGAAGGACACGCCUGCAGCUAAGUACCUAGAAAGAGCGGCUUUCGCUUUCGCCUUGAUAUGCCUUAUGUCCAUGAUGACAGCUUGUGUGACAGGAGCUUAUGGAUCGUUCUGCAGAUCGAAAGAUUCCUUAAUGGUAUCCUCGGCCACUUCGCUAUCAGCAGGUAUGUGCUUGACUUUCGCCAUUGCUUUAUUUCACGGGAAGUGCCAUUUACUACGCCGGCGUGAAUUGGUGCUGGGUCACGAUGUCCCUUUCAAAGAGGUGAUCAAUGCAAGAAGGACGUAUGACUAUGGCUGGUCGUUUGUGCUAGCUUGGAUAUGUGUGGCUUUGUGCUUUGUAUCUUCGUUUGUAUGGCUGCACAAGUCACAGUAUCUCGGUUACUCCAAGAAGUCCAAAGAGGACUACUUGUUUCCUGGCCGUUUAAGAAGGAACGUUCAGUUCGGCUACAGAGAAGGGUUUGAUUAGCAGGUUUACAACCGUAAGUUUGGUCGGCAGUCCCAAGUCGUAGCCUAAGGCGAUCCAUAAGUGGCGGAAUAGAGCCAAAUUGUUUCAUCUACAUUGACAUUUCUCUUUCUUUUAAAGGCCUUAAUUGUAUAAGAUGUAAUAACAUUCCAGAAGGCGGUUGACUGCCUCGUGAUUCAGUACGCACCGCGUUCUUAUACAUUUAUGCAGCACGUUGUAAUAGGCAGACGAUUUUUACGGACUUUUACGCUUUCAUAACGGCACCUUUGCGAGUCCGGAGUAGUCACGUGAUCACAGUUCCGCCACGCCAGACAAAAGCGCCCAACCCGCUAUAUUAGAUAUUUUCAAAACUCUGCGAAAAAUGUGAUAUUUGUGGUGCUGACAUUGACGUUAAUGUGGCAAUCUUACGUUACACUGGUUCUAAUGGAGAAAGAGUAGGAGGUGAUUUCUACACAGUAUUAUAUUGCCGCUAUACUCCGAAGUGAGACUCGGACAUAGAGUGUAUUGUGAGGGCAUGCUUGUCAUUACACUAAUGACACCGCUGUAUCAGGAAUCACUCCCAUGUUACAUUGGUUCCAGUUUUUUGUUGUGAGGAAAUUCCUCAGAUUUCCAUAAUAUAUAUGAUGUACAAAGGAAAAUGAAAUAAAAUACUUUCUCACACCCUUUU